AUGGCUCCAAAGUACUAUGAAUUAAUGGUUAAACACUGCCCAUGGGGAAAACCAGGUGGAGGUGCCCCAAACAUUGAUAUAAGGCGCAAGGAUAUAACAGCUGCUGGAUUGCAUUCAACACAACCAAUUAGUACAACCCAUCGUUUGGCCUCACUGCCUCCCUGUCGUUUCAGUGAUUAUUUUCUCAAACACAAACGAUGCUUCGAUCCCGGUGCAGCCUAUCAUCCGCAUCACUAUCAUCAUCAUUCGGUGCCACGUCUGACCACUCACACCCAUACAGUCCAGCAUGUAUCCGAUCGUCCGGUAAUAGGUGGGGCCACCAGUAUGGUAACCUUGUGUGAUAUACCCACAACAGCUACCAGUGGAGCUGGUGGUCCAACACCUGCUGGUGGUAAGAAUGCCGAAAGUUUACAAAUCACCCUUAAAGAUCACCCCUCAAUGUCGUUUCGUAAUAAAGGUCAUGUAGACAUUGAAGUCCGUUAUAAGCCGACAGCGGCCGGUAAGGGUAAACCAAUGUUGGAGAAAAUUGUAGUCACCGAAAGUGAUAAAUGUCCAAUUGUAGAAGAGAAACGGGGCUGUGGGGCUUCAGUGGGUCCACAUGGUUUGAAGCAGAAGAAAACGUUGGAGAAAAUCGAGAAACCGGCUAGCAAAGAUCCCUGGGGUAAACCGGGUCCGGGUGGCAAACCAUGGCGUAGUCCCAAAUCGGUGGGAACGACUUUUAUGAAGUCACUGGGUUGGACCAACAAAGAAAUGCUCAAAGAAUUGGAUCAGGAUAAUCCCGUUACCCCAGCCGAAAAGCCCACAUUCCGUAAAUCCCGUGCCACACGAAAAGCCACCCGCUGUUGUGACAUGUGUACAUGUAAGUGCCCGGCCAUGACAAGUAGUCCCAUUAAACCGCUACAAAAAACUGCAGCACCUGCAAAAUCGACAAUAACAGCAGCAAAUGAAACGAAACCGAAAAUCUGUCCACGAAUGAUGCGUCAUAACAAGGCUGCUGCCACUGCUGAUACCACAACUGAUAAUAGCGCUCAUCCCACAAAUAGACAAUGUCAUGGUGGUGAUGCCACAGCCACCAUCACCACCAAUGGUAAUGGUGUGGAAUUGGUGCCACUGUUGGCACGUCGUCGUGCCUAUAAUCGCCCCAUUAGUCUUUCGACAACGGACAUAACAAAGCGAACAGCCUCCAAUGAUAGGUACGCAUCCAAAAUGCCACAAAAGUGUCACCACAGCAACAUCUGUCUGAACAAUCUGCAACAGAGCUGCAACAAUAACAAUAGCAAUAACAACAACAACCAUAAAAUCAAUAACAUUGCCACCACAUGUUGCUUGAAAAAGUUCACAUUGCAUAUUCGUUAG